AUGGCAGUGCCGGACGGUGCGGACACGAAAGGGGGCGACAGCCCUGCCGCCCCGGAGGACCCGCGGAGCCCCGGGCCCCCGGAGGACGCCCGCACCCCCGCGCGCCCCGCGCUCCCCGCGCUCCCGCGCCGCCCGCAGCUCCUGGACGAGGACGCAGCGCCGGGCGAGGACGGGGCGGCGGCGGCCGAGGGCAGUGAGCUGGGCCCGGGGGACCCCGAGGCCGUGACCCCCGCCCAGACGCCGGCAGACAGCGAGGCCAGGCCGGGGCCCAAGGUGGCCGGCGGGGUCCCCGCCAUCGGCUUCGUGGGCGAGCCCCCGCCCUACGCGCCGCCCGACCCCAAGGCCGUGGCCCUGCUCUACCCGCCCUUCCCGCAGGUGCCCGUGCUCUUCCAGCCCGCGCCCGCGCCCGCCGCGCUCUACCCGCCGCCGCCGGCCGGAGCCGCCUUCCCCUUCCCCGCGUAUGGCAGCCCUGUGGGUGGCCUGCCGGCCCCUGGCACCGUGGAGCACAGGCCUCUGCCGAAGGACUACAUGAUGGAGUCGGUGCUGGUGACCCUGUUCUGCUGCCUGCUCACCGGGGUCAUGGCCAUUGUGUACUCCCAUGAGACCCGUGCAGCCCUGGGCAGGGGCGACCUGGCCCAGGCCGAGGAGGCCUCGCGGAAGGCCCGCUCGCUUGUGCUUUUCAGCCUGCUCUUCGGGGUCUUCGUGUCCACCAGCUGGGUCAUCUAUGUGGUGGUGGCCCUCUACCUCCCUUGA